CGGCUUCUCUGUUCCUGCUGCUGGAGGGAAGUCACAACAUCUCCUCUGUUCCUAUUGCUGGAGGGAGGUCACAGCUUCUCCUCUGUUCCCACUGCUGGAGGGAAGUCACAACAUCUCCUCUGUUCCCACUGCUGGAGGGAGCUCACAGCUUCUCUGUUCCUGCUGCUGGAGGGAGCUCACAGCAUCUCCUCUCUUCUGCUGCUGGAGGGAGGUCACAGCAUCUCCUCUGUUCCCAUUGCUGGAGGGAGCUCACAGCUUCUCCUCUGUUCCCAUUGCUGGAGGGAGCUCACAGCUUCUCCUCUGUUCCCACUGCUGGCAGAUCCAGGCGGAUGGGACGGACGGGAACUGCGUCACGUUCGUGCUGCACGACGAGGAUCACACCCUGGGCAACUCCCUGCGCUACAUGGUCAUGAAGAACCCUGACGUGGAGUUCUGUGGCUACUGCAUCACACACCCCUCAGAAAGCAAGAUCAACUUCAGGAUCCAGACCAGAGGGGCCCUUCCUGCUGUGGAGCCAUUCCGGAAAGGCCUGAAUGACCUGAUGGGUGUUUGCCAGCAUGUGCUCAACACCUUUGAGAGGAGCAUGAAGGAGUUCAGAGCACAGAAGGAGGAGGAGAUGCAGUAGCCUUUGGAUGUCCAUGGAUGUGUAACCUCUGUCUGUUGAAUUCCCUGUGUCCAAACGAGUAUUUUCUUUAUUAAUAAAUUAUUUUUUUUAAUAAUAAAGUUUAUUCCUUUAAUUGCUGCA